GUUUCUUAAAUGUCUCCGUGUUUCCAUUUCUAUUUCUCUUUCAAAUGCUCCCUAAAGUCACACAAUAGCUUUUAAAGAUAAUUUUGUUUCACGAUACGAAUGGCAAAUUUGCCAAAACUAGGCAUGUGUUAUGCCAACUUUCAUUCAUAUUGGAUUUUUUCCUUUGCUGAUUAAAGAAAUAGGACCAGAGUUUUCUCUACCUUUAUAUCAAUGUUACAAUGAAGAGGCUGAAGGUCAUCAUAAUAUGAUAUCUGCUUGCCCUGACGGUCCAAUAUAUCAAAAUGAUGCGGCCGGACCCAGCAAUAUGGUGGAAGGUUUGCCACGUUUAAAUGAGGCUGUUGUUGGUAUCAGUAACAGUGGUCUUGAAACUUGCAUUAAAGAAAUAUAUGAAAAGUUUGAUGAAUUAAGCAUAUUGGAAGAACUACAGGAAGAACAAAAUGAAUGCUUGGUUAAAGAAAGUAGAAGGCCUGAAAGAAGAAGCAGCUCAGAUAUUGCUGCAUCAGGAUGCUUUGCAAGACCCUCAAAAGGAAAUAGAUGAUUUGGAAAGCAAAUUGACCAAUGUACCGUGAAAUGCCUCGCUACAUGCGAGAUUGUCUAAAGGAUGACAACGUCAUCGGUGUAUGUGGAAUGGGAGGAGUGGAAAAAACAUUAGGAAUCAGAUAAUUCCAGAGGGCACAUCACCAGAGUGUCCGCAAUUGUCCACCUUGAAUUUUAGUGACAAUAUGAUUAGAUAUAUUCCAGAAUGUUUUUUCUACCGCCUUGAAGCUCUAACUCUACUUCAUUUAUCCUACAAUAAAGAGUUAACAUCCUUGCUGAAUUCAUUCUUUGGAUUGUCCAAAA